AUGAGCGGCGUCGAAAUCGCUGGCUUUGUGCUAGCAGCUUUUCCACUGCUGAUAUCGGCCUUGGAACACUAUCGUGAGACGGCAGAAGUUCUGGAAGGUUGGUGGAACAUCAAGACCGAAUACAAAAAAUGCAUGCGCAACAUAAAGUAUCAUCAAAUAGUCUUUGAAGAGAAUCUAGAGGAAUUACUGCUUCCAUUGAUCGCAGACGAGGAGAAGCUGCAAAGACUCCUGCAAAAUCCAGGUGGUCAUGAAUGGGAUGACACCGAGCUUGAAAAGAUACUUCAAAAACGAAUGCCGAAAACAUAUUCGGUCUACCUUGACACGAUCAAGAUGAUGGCAAAGACUCAAAAGUCCCCUGGAUUAGUGGCACACGUCUCAUCUUCAUUGGGAUUUCAUGGACAAGUUAUCAAGAUCGCCUUCAGCAAGACUGUUUUGAAUCAACUUUUCGAGGAUUUUGGAUGUUACAACGCUCGGCUUCGAGACAUACUUGGGAGUUCGGAUCGACUCGCGACUAUAAGGAAAUGUCACAAAUCCCUCAAGGGAAGGUCUUCACUGUCUCAAAAAAAUAUGGCACCAUGGCAACAUCGUCUUCAAGCUCCUCAUGAAGGCAUGGUCAUGCCAAUGCUAGUCCUUCCAUCAAGCCAAUUUGUUGCUUCAGCAUCGACAUACCUCAUCGAUCAACUUUCGAGUUGUUUUUUGGUUUAUGUUUCGAGCCAAGCGACUCCGUCAACGACUAGUGUGGGAUCCUUUCAAAAGCUAAAUGCUUCCUCCGCAUCUAAUUCUCCAGCCUCUGCUACUACAACUUCCACUCAAAGAAUAUCAAAGCUAGAUCGAGCAUUUCUCAUGAAAAAGUUGCGCUGGUCCAGGAGCACAGAUGUUGCUGGAAGUAGUGGACAUCAUGCAGGACUUACGACUUCUUCCAGUCCAUUCAGUCCGACAUGCAUGGCUGCGUCCUCGUCUUCGUCUUCAACCACGGUUAUCGUGACAGAAAAUACCCCAAUUGGCCUGACUCUCGUCACCGAUGAUGUAGCUACAACCGAGCAAGCAGAUCACUCCAUGAUUGCCAAUCUUUGCUCCAAGAUUGCAACUUCCGAAGACCUCUCUAGCUUUGGGUACCUGAAAGAAGAGGCCCUUGAAUACUCUGUCAAGCCUCUCUUCAAAGCUAGCAAGCAGCCCCAACUUCACUCGAGCUGGUCAAAGAAUGACAUCCUGUUCGUUUGUGACGCCAACGACAAGAGUAAAAUACAUAUGGAUAAACCAUACGUAUCUCGUCCUGUCACCGGAACUCUCACAAAUGAUGCCACUUCAACACCAUUGUCUCAGCCCGAUAGGACAUUCCAAGAAAGCAUACAUAAUCUCGGAAUCAUGCUCCUUGAGCUAUGUUUUGGGAAAACCAUCGAAGAUCAUGAACUCUGCGCUGGGAUUGAAAUUGAGGACGAGCGGAUUAAGCAAGCACUUCUGUACGGCAUUGCGUCAAAAUGGGCCCAGGAUGUGGUGGGGGAGACGGGUCUCGGCUAUUCUGAUGCUGUCGAAUGGUGCCUGCAUUAUAGAUUGGAGAGCUGCCUUGAUGGGGGAGCUAGCGAGAAGUGGAGGGAAGACAUGGUUGAAAAGGUUGUCGAGCCUCUGAAGGAAUGUUAUGAUCAGUUGAUUACCAUAUAA